CAGAGCGGUAAGACAUUUGUAGGCUACUCGCUCAUCAUGUGGUUGGCUUACCAGUAUGGGUGAUAAACAGUCCGAAGAAGUAUCCAGAGACACAAGCAACGAAGACGAGGAACGGGAAUGACCACGACUAUGGGGAAAUUCGACAUCAAGAUACUUUUCAACUGGCAGCUAGCCAAGACGCUAGCCAUGGGCCAAGGCCUGGCUCUGCUCAUCUGUGGGACGGCCAUCUCGUCCCAGUACCUGGCAUCAGACUACCACGUCAACACACCCAUGCUGCAGAGCCUGCUGAACUACGCCCUGCUGUGUAUCACCUACACCCCCAUGCUCUUCUUCAGGACAGGGGAGGGUAACAUGCUGCGUAUCCUGAAGCGCCGCGGCUGGAAGUACCUCCUGAUGGGCCUGGUGGACGUGGAGGCCAACUACACUGUGGUGAAGGCCUACCAGUACACCACGCUCACCAGCAUCCAGCUCCUGGACUGCUUCAUCAUCCCCGUCCUGAUGGUGCUAUCCUGGUGGGUCCUGAAGACCCGGUACCGGCUGGUCCACUACGUGGCUGUGGUCGUCUGCCUGCUGGGGGUGGGCGCCAUGGUGGGGGCUGACCUGCUGGCCGGACGGGACCAGGGAUCCACCAGUAACAUCCUGCUGGGCGACGGCCUGGUGCUGGUGAGCGCCACCCUGUACGCCGUCUCCAACGUGUGCCAGGAGUACACGGUGAAGAACCUCAGCCGGGUGGAGUUCCUGGGAAUGCUGGGCCUCUUCGGGACCAUCUUCAGUACCAUACAGAUGGUCAUUCUGGAACGACAUGAAUUGCCAAAGAUCCAGUGGAGCUGGCAGAUAGGCCUGCUGUUUGGAGCCUACGGCACGUGUAUGUACGCGCUGUACAGCUGCAUGCCCGUUGUGGUGAAGCUGACCAGCGCCACCUCCGUCAACCUCUCCCUGCUCACCGCCGACCUCUUCAGCCUCUUCUGUGGCCUCUUCCUCUUCCACUACAGUUUCUCGCCUCUGUACCUCAUCGCGCUGGUGGUCAUUCUGCUCGGCUUCAUCACCUUCAACGCCGUGCCCCUGCCCACCAGCACCCCCUCCCCUCCCUCCCCCAUCACCGAGGACGAUGGCUGCUAUGACAACCACGCCAUUAACUUGAACGAGGACGUCAUUGACAAACAGGAUGUAGUUUCCACUAUUAUCGUCCCCACAGAGGAAGGACAGGGGGAGGGUGACCAGGACACCAGAUCCAAAAUGGACACCAGUGUCCCAGACCGUGGAUAUGGGAGCUUUUCUCAUGUUUUGUGCAGCACUAAAAUGUGAUACGGACCCCAGCAGACAGUGGAGCGGAGUGCCAUGGAGACCUUGCUGGGCUGAAGGGCUUUGGAGAACUGGUCCUCCAAAUGGAGAAAUCAAGAAAUCCAAAUGGAGCCUUGUCACUUGCUAGUCGUGUCUUUUAAUAUAGGGUUUUAAAUCUGGGUCUGCUUGGCCAAAGAAAAUGUUCUUAAAUCCAAUUUCAGACUUAAGAGACACUGAAGACGUUUUAGAAUAUGAAUGUCCAAUGAUGCAUUUGUUGGAUCACUUUUUCCAUCUUCUAUGAGGAUAUCCCAACACAUUACUUAAAGUUUAAGGUAGAAUUGUAUUUAUUUUGUUUUUAAAUGAAGUGCUAAUGCUGAGAAAGCACUUUUAACCUUUGACGGUUUUUCCCAGAUAAAUUAUUCCAGCUAAACAACAAACUAAUGUAUUUUCUUAUUUAUUUGAAACUACCUCAUACAUUGAUUGGGAUGAACUGAUUAAAAAAAAAAGAAACCAAUAUAUAUUUUAGUUUUUUGUCGACAUUAAAAUACAUUACAGUGCACUUGGAACCAAAAUAAAAGUAAAAUAUAUCUUGAUAGAUAAGGGUUGCAACUGGUGAUGGCUAAAAAAGGUGAUAAAGGAAGGAAAAGGCACCCAGGCCCUUUCCUUAUAAACAAACUGUCGUAAGUGACUCAUAAAAGCCUGUCAGCGAUGUUCCGACCUAAUGUAUACGAAGCAGUGCUAAAAAUAAGAAAUACUCAGGCACAUCUAUUAGAAUUUAUUAAUGUAUUUUAUGUGAAAUGACAAAUGAAUAAAAAAUAAGAAAUGCACAAUAACCAUCUAAAAUUAUAAUUGUGUCUGUCUGGGCGGUGUGUGUGGAGCUCUGUCUGGGCGGCGUGUGUGGACGUUUGGAGCAAAAUCAAAAAGCUCUGUCUGGCCGGUGUGUGUGUGGAUGUGUGGAGCUCUGUCUAGGCAGCGGUUGACUUUGGCAUUGAGAGAAAGUUUAGCCUCUCGGACAAUUCUAUAUAUACUUACAGUAUAUAACAGAGUGUAGCAGACAGAGGGAGAGUCAUGACUCGCCCUGCUUCGGCUUCUCAUUGGCUAGUACUCGUUGAUAACUUGGAUGAGACUCCACCCCCCAACAACAUUUCUUUGCAGAUCGACACAAAUCAAGUGGGAACUCUAUUUGAGUUAACAAUGGUGAAUUUGGCUGAAAGGUGACCGUUUACACCUCUGUAGUCCAAAAGUCCAUCAACCACUUAUUGAAAGAAAGUGUACCACCAUUGGUAACACUAUCCUUAUAACAAAGUAUGCACAGUCAGUCCAUUAUGACAGCUGAUCAGAAUCAAUGAAUUAUUUUGAUUUUUAUAUAUUAUAUUCUCCCGGCCUGGGUCCUCCUGAGAAGGACACAAUAUGAAUGUUUUCAGAUUAAUAUUUGACAGAAUAAUUAUCUAUGAAAUGUUGUGCAACAAAAUA